UAAAAUUUAUUAAGAUGAAGCCUGUAAUAAUUACCUCUAAAUAAAAUAGCUGAAUAAUGGCUCUUCUAUGAAGUAUAAUGACGGCUUUAGUGGCAUACUGGUGGUUUCUACCCGUUAUCCUUAGUGAGUCUGAUUGUUUCUAUUUUUGGUACCCAUCUGCCGCAAACUUUUAACACUUAUGACUAUGCUAUGACUACAUCUUUAUAUUUCAGUUGUGGGGCAACGAAAUUAAAGAACGGUCCCACAAAAAUGUGGCAAAUGAAGUAGGGUAUAAAUAGAGUCAAUAUCGACAAAAGUUGUAACUUACUUAUCAUUAAAAUACCUAACUAAAUAUUAACUCAAUUCUAUAUUAAUAUAAUUAUGUCAAUCGCUAAAGCUUCUACUAAAAUAUUUACUUUAAAUAAUGGUGCCAAGAUCCCAGCUGUCGGUUUAGGUACUUGGCAAUCAACCGAUAAUGAAGCUUAUGAAGCUGUUUUAGUUGGUCUUAAAAACGGGUACAGACACAUGGAUACUGCUGCAGCUUAUGGUAACGAAGAACAAGUUGGUAAAGCUAUCAAAGAUAGUGGAGUUCCAAGAUCUGAAAUCUUCAUUACUACCAAGGUAUGGGGUACAUCCCAUAAGAACCCCGAAGCUGCCAUCAAGGAAUCAUUAAAGAAAUUAGGGGUUGAUUACGUUGAUUUAUAUUUGAUUCAUUGGCCUGUGGAAUUAAAUCCAAAUGGUAAUCAUCCAAUUUUCCCUACUUUACCAAGUGGAAAAGGAGAUAUCAUUGUUGAUUCUGAUUAUGCUCAUACUUAUGAAUUAGUUCAAGAAUUAGUUGCUAAGGGAUAUACCAAAUCUGUUGGUGUUUCAAACCUCUCGUUUGAAAAUUUAACUAAAUUGUUAGCUUCUCCAAAGACUAAGAUCAUCCCAACUGUUAACCAAGUUGAAUUACAUCCAUACUUGCCACAACAUAAAUUAUUAGAAUUUGCUAAAUCUAAAGGUAUUUAUCUUGAAGCUUAUUCACCAUUAGGAUCUAGUGAUUCACCAUUAUUCAAAGAUACUACUAUUGUUGAGAUUGCUGAAAAGAAUAAGGUAAGCGCUGCUACUAUUUUAAUUUCAUGGGCUGUUCAAAGAGGUACUAUCGUGUUACCAAAAUCGGUUACUCCAAAGAGAAUUGAAGAUAAUUUUAAGACUAUUGAAUUAAGUGAAGAAGAUUUUGAAGCCAUUAACAAUAUUCAUAAAGUUUCUGGUGUUAAGAGAUUAAUUAAUCCAGAUUGGUCUCCAGUUAACGUUUUCGAAAGCGACGAUUAGAUAAGUAUCAACGUAGGAUUUUUAGAUUAUACUAAUUUUUAGAUACUUUCUUUUCUUUUCUUUACUAGUAUAACAGUGUAUGCAAAUGAAUUUAUAUAAUCCUUUCAAGACUAUGUAAGGUGUAUAUGAACCAAAAGAAGAGAUAUAAAACAUACCAAUUGAACUUACGAGAGCCACAUAGCAUUAAUAUGAACUGAUGAAGAGACCCUUGGAUGAAAUGUUGUUUAGAUUAAAUUCACUGAAGGUAAUUGCAAAUUUAAUGGAGAUCGAUAUUUUAAAUUGUCCGCAGAGUUUCUAAUUUUGUAUCAUUGCUCCCCCAAACUUUUCACUGCCAUAACUAUGGCUCCAG